GCCGGGGGGAGGGGAGACAAGAUGGCGGCGACGGAGGAGCUGAGGCUGAGGUGAGAGACUCCGCGAGUCCCGACCCUAGCUAGAGUCGGCCGUCUGCUCCGUUCCAGCGCCGCGCUGCCGGCGAUUUCCUAGAAACAUGAUUGCUUGCUCGUGUUGAUCUCAGUUUGUGAAGACUCCUUCUCUGAUAAUGUCAAGUUCGGGCUACCCUCCUAACCAAGGAGCAUUCAGCACAGAACAGAGUCGUUAUCCUACUCACUCUGUCCAGUACACCUUCUCUAACCCUCGACAUCAGCAGGAGUUUGCAGUUCCUGAUUAUCGUUCUUCUCAUCUGGAAGUCAGUCAAGCAACUCAACUCUUGCAGCAGCAGCAGCAGCAGCAGCAGCAACUUCGUCGACGGCCUUCCUUACUUUCUGAAUUUCACCCAGGCUCUGACAGAUUUCACUGGGAUAAAAUUCAUACACUUGAAUAUUCAGCAGAGGGUAUUUGUCUGUCUAGGCCUCAGGAAAGGAGAACUGGCUAUGAGCAGCAAUUUCACCCAGGUCCGUCACAGACUGAUCAUGAUUCGUUGGAAUCUAAGCGACCACGUCUUGAACAAGUUUCAGAUUCCCACUUUCAGCGUGUUAGUACUGCUGUCCUGCCUUUAGUACAUCCUCUACAGGAGGGAUUGCGAUCUGCAGAUAUUAAGAAGGAACCAGCUUUUGGAGGCAAGCAUGAAGGGCCAUCUUCUCCAAUCUCUGGUCAGCCCUGUGGAGAGGACCAGAAUGCAUCACCUUCAAAACUGUCAAAGGAAGAGUUGAUACAGAGCAUGGAUCGUGUAGAUCGAGAAAUUGCAAAAGUGGAACAGCAGAUCCUUAAACUGAAGAAAAAGCAACAACAACUCGAAGAAGAAGCUGCUAAACCUCCAGAGCCAGAGAGGCCUGUCUCCCCUCCUCCAGUGGAACAGAAACACCGCAGUAUUGUCCAAAUUAUUUAUGAUGAAAAUCGGAAAAAAGCAGAAGAAGCUCAUAAAAUUUUUGAAGGUCUUGGUCCAAAAGUUGAACUGCCACUUUACAACCAACCAUCAGACACAAAGGUGUACCAUGAAAACAUCAAAACAAACCAAGUGAUGAGGAAAAAGCUGAUUUUGUUUUUUAAGAGAAGAAAUCAUGCAAGGAAACAAAGGGAACAGAAAAUCUGUCAACGUUAUGAUCAACUGAUGGAGGCAUGGGAGAAGAAAGUAGACAGGAUAGAAAAUAAUCCUCGCAGGAAAGCUAAAGAAAGUAAAACAAGAGAGUACUAUGAGAAACAGUUCCCAGAAAUCCGAAAGCAAAGAGAACAGCAAGAACGAUUUCAAAGGGUUGGCCAAAGAGGGGCUGGCCUUUCAGCAACUAUUGCUAGAAGUGAACAUGAGAUUUCUGAAAUCAUUGAUGGACUCUCUGAGCAGGAGAACAACGAAAAACAAAUGCGUCAGCUCUCUGUCAUUCCUCCCAUGAUGUUUGAUGCAGAACAAAGACGAGUGAAGUUUAUUAAUAUGAAUGGUCUGAUGGAGGACCCCAUGAAGGUGUAUAAAGACAGACAGUUCAUGAAUGUCUGGACAGACCAUGAGAAGGAGAUAUUUAAGGAAAAGUUUGUCCAACAUCCCAAGAACUUUGGUCUAAUUGCCUCCUACCUGGAAAGAAAGAAUGUUCCAGACUGUGUUUUGUAUUAUUAUUUGACCAAGAAAAAUGAGAAUUAUAAAGCCCUUGUGCGAAGAAAUUAUGGCAAACGUAGAGGAAGAAACCAGCAAAUUGCACGUCCUUCACAAGAAGAAAAGGUAGAAGAAAAAGUAGAAGAGGAGAAAGCAGAAAAAACAGAGAAAAAAGAGGAAGAAAAGAAAGAUGAAGAGGAAAAGGAUGAGAAGGAGGAAUCUAAAGAGAACACCAAAGAGAAGGAUAAAACAGAAAUUGCACCAGAGGAAACAGAGCAGGCUACUCCUAGGGGACGAAAAACUGCCAACAGUCAAGGUCGUCGUAAGGGGAGGAUCACCAGAUCAAUGACAAAUGAAGCUGCAGCAGCAAAUGCUGCUGCUGCUGCUACCGAAGAGCCACCACCACCUCUUCCUCCACCUCCAGAACCCUCUUCGGCAGAGCCUGUGGAGACCUCCCGCUGGACAGAAGAAGAAAUGGAAAUUGCUAAAAAAGGGUUAGUGGAACAUGGUCGCAACUGGGCAGCAAUAGCCAAAAUGGUUGGAACUAAAAGUGAAGCUCAGUGUAAAAACUUCUACUUCAACUAUAAAAGGAGACAUAAUCUGGACAACCUCCUUCAGCAGCACAAACAGAAAUCUUCACGAAGGCCUCGUGAGGAGCGGGAUGUAUCGCAGUGUGAAAGCGUGGCGUCAACAGUCUCUGCUCAGGAGGAUGAAGAUAUUGAAGCAUCCAACGAAGAAGAGAAUCCAGAAGACAGUGAGGGUGCUGAAAAUAGUUCAGAUACAGAGAGUGCUCCAUCUCCUUCACCAGUGGAAGCUUCCAAACCCAGUGAAGACGCUAUGUCUGAAAGCUCUGCUUCUAGGAUAACCACUGAGACAACAGCAGAACAGGAAUCUGCCAUUAAAACCGUACCUAGCACAUCCCCCUCCUCGGCAGCCCAAAGUACACAAACAGCUGAAAAUCAGAAUAUUGAGCUCCAAGUUAAGGAAGAAAUAAGUAAUGAGGCAGAGGAGCCAAUGGAGAUGGACAGUAGAAGCCACCCAGCUGAAGCUAAGCCUGUGCUCAACCUUCCAGUGCAUACCAAAGCAGAACCUGUAGAUGCUGAAAUGAGGUUACCAGAGAAUAUUCAAGUGAAAAUAGAGAAUGAUACCAAAGAGAGGGAUUUGGAGAAACCCAAGGAAAAGUCAGAACCUGAGGAAAUGGACUUUAGCCUGUCACAGCAGAGUAAUACAGCAAGACCAGAGCCCAAUUCAGACAAUGAUUCUAGUGCUACUUGUAGUGCUGAUGAAGAUGUUGAUGGGGAACCUGAAAGACAAAGAAUCUUCACUAUGGAUUCAAAGCCUUCACUGUUAAACCCUACUGGAUCUAUACUAGUAUCCUCCACAAUAAAACAAGGGCAGAUGGACUUGCAACAACUUCACCAUCGCGCUGCUGUAAUACCACCUAUGGUCUCUUGUAGCCCAUGUAAUGUACCUAUUGGAACACCCAUUAGUGGUUAUGCUCUCUAUCAGCGGCACAUUAAAGCUAUGCAUGAGUCAGCAUUGCUGGAGGAGCAGCGCCAGAGGCAGGAGCAUAUAGAUAUGGAGUAUAGAAGUUCUGCAAGCCCAUGUGGCACCUCCAAGAGCCCUAAUCUUGAGUGGGAAGGAAAAUCAGUUGCUUAUAUGCCUUACGUUGAGGUCAAACGAGCAAUAGAACAGGAAGCACAGGUGCAAAACACAGCAGGAAGGUCGGCAUCACCAUACAGGCUAUCUCCAAGAGAAGUCAGUAAAGCCUCGCCACAGCCUGAUAUGAAUGCAGCUCGCUAUAGUGUCCCACCAGUUCUCCAGCCUGCUCCUCAUCAAGUAAUAACAAAUAUACCUGAAGGGGUCCGGCUCCCAACAACCCGGCCGACCAGACCACCACCUCCACUCAUUCCAUCCUCCAAAACUACUAUGCCAUCAGAAAAACCAUCAUUCAUUAUGGGAGGCUCAAUCUCACAAGGAACACCUGGCACUUACUUAACAUCCCAUAGUCAAGCUUCUUAUAGUCAAGAACCAGCAAAGCCAUCCGUGGGAUCCAUAUCUCUUGGCCUGCCGAGGCAACAGGAGUCUGCCAAACCUGCUUCCAUACCCUACAUCAAGCAAGAAGAGUUCUCUCCCAGAAGCCAGAAUUCCCAGCCUGAGGGCCUCUUGGUCAGGGCACAGCAUGAAGGUGUGGUCCGAGGUACCACAACAACCAUACAAGAAGGAAGUAUAACACGAGGAACUCCAGCCAACAAAGUUCCUGUUGAAACCAUCCCGUCUCUGCGAGGCUCCAUUACUCAGGGUACACCAGCUUUGUCCCAGUCUGGCAUUGCUGCUGAUGCAUUGCUGAAAGGAACCAUCACCCGACUGGCUACCGAAGACAGCAGCCCUGAGAAGUGCCGAGAGGAAGCUGCAGCCAAAGGCCAUGUUAUUUAUGAAGGCAAGAGUGGGCAUAUCUUAUCAUAUGAUACUAUUAAGAACAUCCGAGAAGGAACCAGGAGUCCAAGGACUGCUCAUGAAAUCAGUUUAAAGAGAAGUUAUGAUACGAUGGAAGGAAAUAUAAAACAAGGAAUGUCAAUGAGGGAGUCUCCAGUGUCUGCACCAUUAGAGGGGUUAAUAUGCCGUACACUGCCUAGGGGCAGCCCGCAUUCAGAACUGAAGGAGAGGACUGUGCUGUCUGGCUCUAUAAUGCAAGGUACACCAAGAGCAACAGCUGAGAGUUUUGAAGAAGGCCUGAAGUAUCCUAAACAGAUUAAGAGAGAGUCUCCUCCCAUACGGACAUUUGAAGGAGCCAUAACCAAGGGAAAGCCUUAUGAUGGAGUCACUACCAUUAAAGAAAUGGGCCGUUCCAUUCACGAAAUCCCAAGACAGGACCUUUUAAGCCAAGAAAGUCGCAAGACUCCUGAAAUAGUACAAAGUGCAAGGCCAAUUAUGGAAGGCUCCAUUUCUCAGGGUACACCCAUAAAAUAUGAAAGCAACUCCGGCCAGUCUGCUAUCAAACACAAUGUAAAAUCUUUAAUCACUGGACCAAGUAAACUGCCCCGUGGAAUGCCUCAGCUGGAAAUGGUACCAGAAAACAUGAAGGCGGUAGAACGAGCAAAAUAUGAAGAUGUGAAGACUGGGGAGGCUGUACGUUCCCGUCCUACAUCGGUGGUCAGCUCUGGCACCUCUGUCCUCAGGUCAACUCUUCAUGAAACUCCCAAAUCACAAUUGAGCCCUGGGAUUUAUGAUGACACCAAUGCAAGGAGGACACCUGUGAACUAUCCAAGUCCUAUGUCCAGGAGUUCACCUAUGAUGAACAGAGUUACUGAAGCUGGAAUAUCUUCUGGGAAGCCUGCUAAUCAUGAAAGGAAAACCACACUUACCCCAACGCAGAGAGAGAGCGUACCAGCGAAAUCUCCAGUCCCAGGGGUUGAUCCUGUAGUAACUCACAGUCCGUUUGACUCCCAUCAUAGAGGCUCUACUCCAGAAGUCUACAGGAGCCAUCUCCCCCCUCAUUUAGAUUCAGCCAUGCAAUUUCACAGGGCUCUGGAUCCUGCUGCUGCUGCAUACCUGUUCCAAAGGCAGCUUUCACCUACCCCAGGUUACCCAAGUCAGUAUCAACUUUAUGCAAUGGAGAACACACGGCAGACAAUCCUAAAUGACUAUAUUACCUCACAGCAGAUGCAGGUUAAUUUACGUCCUGAUGUAACCAGAGGACUAUCUCCUAGAGAGCAAACUUUAGCUCUCCCAUAUGCAGGAGCCAGAGGAAUUAUUGACCUGAACAAUAUGGCUCCCACUAUCUUAGUCCCUCAUCCAGGAGGAACAAGUACCCCUCCAAUGGAGAGAAUCACUUAUAUCCCUGGCACCCAGCUCACGUUCCCUCCGAGGCCUUACAACCCUGCAUCUAUGUCACCAGGACACCCUACGCAUCUGGCUGCGUCUGCAGCUGCCAACGCUGAGAGGGAGCGGGAGAGGGAACGGGAGAAGGAGCGGGAGAGGGAACGUGAAAGGGAGCGGGAGAGAGAACGAGAGAGGGAGAGAAUCACUGCAGUUCCUGCUGAGCACUACCUUCGGCCUGGUACAGAGCAGCCUGGCAGACCUGGCAGUCAUGGAUACGUUCGCUCACCUUCUCCUUCUGUUAGAACCCAAGAGAACAUGCUGCAGCAAAGGCCCAGUAUUUUCCAAGGAACCAAUGGGACAAGUGUAAUUACCCCUCUGGAUCCUGCUGCUCAGCUACGCAUCAUGCAGCUCACGCCUGGAGCCCCCUCCAUAACUCCUGGGUUGCCUGCUUCCCGUUACAAUACUGCUGCUGAUGCCCUAGCUGCAUUGGUGGAUGCUGCAGCCUCUGCUCCUCAGAUGGAAGUUGUCAAAGCAAAAGAGCACAAGCAUGAAGGAACCAGAAUAGAAGAGAACAUGGGGCGCAGGUCAACGGUGGUUAGUGAACAGCAGCAACAGAUGGAGCAGAAAACACUGGAAGCAGAAAAGAGGUCUGUUCAGUGCCCGUACACAUCGGCAGCUUUUUCCAGUGGCAAGUCCCAGGGUCCGUCUUCAUCGGUAGUUUAUUCAGAGGCUGGUAAAGACAAAGGGCAUCCUCCUAAAUCCCGGUACGAGGAAGAGUUAAGGACUCGUGGGAAGACCACCAUAACUGCUGCUAACUUCAUAGAUGUGAUCAUCACUCGGCAGAUUGCUUCGGACAAGGAUGCACGGGAUCGGGGUUCACAAAGUUCAGAUUCUUCUAGCAGUUUAUCUUCCCACCGAUAUGAAGCACCCGGAGAUGCCAUUGAGGUGAUUAGCCCUGCAAAUUCACCUGUACCUCCCCAAGAAAAACUACAACCCUACCAACAAGAGGCACCCAAACCAAGCCAGGCAGAAAGUGAUCCCAACAGGCAGUAUGAAGGUCCAGUUCACCGAUAUAGGACACAACAGGAAUCUCCUUCUCCACAGCAGCCUCCACUGCCUUCCUCUCAGGCAGAGGGGAUCGGACAUGUACCUAGGACCCAUCGUCUGAUCACACUUGCUGACCAUAUCUGUCAAAUUAUUACACAAGACUUUGCUAGAAACCAAGCGGCCUCACAGGCAUCCCUGCAGCCUCCAACUAGUACAUUCCAGAACUCUGCUCCUGCUUCAGCUGCUACCCCUACUCGGGCAAAGGCUUCAAACCGCUACAGCCCUGAGUCGCAGUCACAGUCUGUUCACCAUCAACGGCCAAGUGCCAGAGUGUCUCCUGAAAAUCUCUCUGACAAAUCCAGAGCAAGACCUGGGAAGUCCCCAGAGAGAAGUCAUGUCUCUUCAGAACCCUAUGAGCCAAUCUCACCGCCUCAGGUCCCAGUUGUACAUGAGAAACAAGACAAUAUUCUAUUGCUUUCCCAAAGAAAUGAGCCUGCUGAACAGAGGACUGACUCUCGCUCUCCGGGGAGUAUAAGUUACCUGCCUUCAUUUUUCACCAAGCUUGAGAACACCUCUCCAAUGGUGAAGUCCAAGAAACAGGAGAUAUUUCGUAAGUUGAACUCCUCUGGUGGAGGUGACUCUGACAUGGCAACUGCUCAGCCAGGAACUGAAAUAUUUAAUUUGCCAGCAGUCACUACCUCAGGUGCAGUCAGUUCUAGGGGUCAUUCCUUUGCAGAUCCUGCCAGUAAUCUGGGUCUGGAAGACAUUAUUAGGAAGGCACUGAUGGGCAGCUUUGAUGACAAAGGGGAGGAUCAUGGAGUUGUAAUGUCCCAGCCUAUGGGGAUAGCACCUGGUAGUUCCAACCCUGCAGUCUCAGCUAAUAGCGAGGCCCGUAGAGAGGAAGCUAAUCCAUCACCCAAUUCAGGAGGGGGAGUUGGCAAGCAGAAGUUAAUUGGCAAGUCUAAUAGUAGGAAGUCUAAAUCUCCUAUUCCUGGGCAGGGAUACUUAGGAACUGAGAGACCUUCCUCUGUCUCAUCUGUACAUUCAGAAGGAGAUUACCACAGGCAGACUCCAGUGUGGGCCUGGGAAGACCGGCCUUCUUCAACAGGAUCAACUCAGUUUCCUUACAACCCCUUGACAAUGCGGAUGCUCAGCAGUACACCACCAACGUCCAUUGCAUGUGCCCCGCCAUCCAUGAGCCAAGCAGCCACUCACCAACAGAACAGGAUAUGGGAGCGAGAGCCUGCACCACUGCUUUCAGCACAAUAUGAGACUCUGUCUGACAGUGAUGACUGAACUAUGCAGAGUUUUUUUAAUUUGUGGGUCGAAAAAACUCUAUUUUUGACUUAUGCCCAAAGGGACUUCCCAAGAGAGCAAGGGCCACACACGAAGAAAUGAUGGGGAGCUAUUUGGAGAGUAAAUCGAAAAGAUUCCGUCUGCACAAACCACGUGUAGGAGGAUCGUGAUCGAGGAGGGUUGACGUACUAAAGAUAAAUAUGUAAAGACUUUUUAAAAAGUGGACUAUUCCUGUUCUACAUCUAUUUGUAAAGAAAACCAUAAUGUCUUUAAAUCAUUCUUCUGUAAAUAGAGAGUACUUUUUGCAGUGU